AAACACUCGACAGCCCGACCGCACCCAUCGUCUGUGCCCGCUCGAUAGACAUCGCUCCCGCUAUACCCGCAGCACGACAUCCGGCGCCAUGUGGGACGACGAGGACAACAAUCCGUACGGCUCGUUUGCCCGCCACGACUCCAAUUCCAACGAGGUGCCUGGCCUGGCGUCGCCCGGAGCUUUGCCGUAUCGGCCCGCGACCCCGCCCUCGGAAGCAUCCUCCCCCGCACAGGAAUCGCCAGAGUACAUUCCGGGCCGCGACCUGACCGACAUCAACUACGACGACCGCGAGAACGACGACGAAGAGGAGGCUGGCGGAGAGCGCAUUGCGCCCAAGAGAGGCGGCUAUGACAGCCGGGCGGAGCAAUGGCUGUACGAGAAUCCCGACUCGCCCAUUCUGAUCACAUACGCGGGGAAGAACGUGGAAGGCGGCGGCAACUGGAUCACAUAUACCAUCGCUACUGGGGGCAUGGAAGUGCGGCGCAGAUACUCGGAAUUCGCUUCGUUGCGCGCAACGCUGGUCAAUCUACACCCCACCCUCAUCAUACCACCCAUACCCGAAAAGCACACCAUGGCAGACUACGCCGCGAAGCCCACACGCGCGAAAGAGGACGCAGGCAUAAUCGAGCUAAGGAAACGCAUGCUGGCUGUGUUUCUCAAUCGUUGUAGGAGAAUGAAGGAGGUCCUCGAGGAUGGCGUCUUCUGGAGAUUCCUCGAUCCCCACACCAGUUGGAAUGAGGUCCUCCAUGCGCCGCCCGUCUCGAACAUCCCCAAGCAGAUCCUCAAAGCACCCCCGCUCGACACUGCGAACCCCUCACAAGCCCACAACUAUCUCCCCGUGCCUUCCUCGUCCGCGAAGCUGAAGGCUGCCGGCUCCACUUCCUCAUCUGGAACGCCAAACGCUCCUCCGGAUCAUGCAGUACAACCCUCGGUAGCCGCGCAUAGCACAUCAGGCCCGCAAGUAUUUGGCAAAUUCCCGCCAGAAUCAAAGAGCAUGACCGAGGAACAGCUGGACCCAUACUUUGUAAACUUCGAGACGUCAUCGAAAGAGCUGGAGAACCUCCUACAAGGCAGUAUGGAGAAAGUCAACAGACGCACAUUGUCGCAUCUGUCAGCCCUGGGAGAAGACCUGGCUGAGUUGGGCGCCCGCUUCAACGCCUUCUCCCUAUCCGAACAAUCACAAUCCCUCGCCGGCGCCAUAGAGAAGACUGGCCAGGCAGUGGACUCCACCUACAUCGCCACCGCGGAGCUCUCCUCGUCCCUCAGCGCCAGCUUCGCCGAACCCAUGCGCGAAAGUGCUCAGUUCGCCGGCGUCGUCCGCAGCGUACUCCGCUACCGCGUGCUCAAGCGUAUACAAGAAGAAAUGACAAAAGACGAACUACAGAAGAAGCGGGCUCUCCUCGAAUCCUUGGAACACAGCGAAGCCGAAGCCAAGCGAUUAGAACAGCACCUCAGCGGCGCAGGCUACCCGCAGCCCGCCCGCAGCCGCGCCACCUCAAACAGCUCGCAGCGCAGCAGUGGGCACGACAGGCGACCCGAGGAGGACACCGCAUCCAUCGACUCCGACUUUCCACCCACCCACGCCGACGUGCCCUCGAGCUCGCAGGGCAGCCCCGAAGCGAGCACCAUGGGGUCGAGCAGCCCCCACAAGAAAAGCCCGAGUGGGAAUUUUGUCACGAAUAAGCUGUUUGGGCCGAUUACGCAUGCGUUUAGGGGGAUGGCGGAUGUGGACCCGGAGAGGACGCGGAGGGAUCAGAUUGGGAAGACGAGGGAGAACCUGCAUCAGCUUGAACAGGCGGUUGUCGUCGCGGAAAAGGAUACCAGGGACGCGAGUGCAGGUGUGCUGAAGGAUCUAAGGCGAUUCCAGGCGGAGAAGGAGAAUGACCUGAGGCGGUACAUGAUCGAAUUCGCGCAAUGCCACAUCGACUGGGCCAAACGCAACCAGGCUGCGUGGGAAGAAGCAAAGGCCGAAGUCAGCACCAUCCAGCCGCACACGGCGCAGGACGAAUAGAAGAGUCUUCGUGAGGGCCAGGGGGAAAAAGAUACUAAUGACUCGACGAGCAGCGUGUCCGUAUGUACUAGACAGACAGGAAGAAGUAAUGCUUGUUCAAAUGCACAUAACCGCCAGAACGCAAAUGCAAUCGAACACACUCU